UGAUCAGCUGUGUCCAAUCACAGCUGAUCACAUGUAAACAGGGAAAUGCCAGUUAUUGGCAUUUCUCUCCCCACGAGCUGUCACGCAGACAGCUCAUCAUCAGAGCACUGAUGAUCAGUGUGCCCUGAUGAUCAGUGUAGCCCCAGCAAUGCCACCUGUCAGUGUCCAUCAGUGCCAGCUCUCAAUGCUCAUCCAUGCCACCAGCCAGUGCCCAUCAGUGCCACAUAUCAGUGCCCAUCAGUGCCACAUCAAUGCCACAUAUCAGUGCCAUCUGAUCUGUCUUUCAGUGUCACCCAUCAGUGCCAGUCAGUGCCACCUAUCAGGGCCACCUAUCAGGGCCAGUCAGUGUCGCCUAUCAGUGCCGCCUAUCAGUGCCAUAUAUGAGUGCUGCCUUUCAGUGCCCAUCAGUGAUGCCUGUCAAUGGCCAUCAGUGCCACCUACCAGUGCCUCCUCAUCAGUG